AUGAGGGGAGAAGCGCGAGUGAGGGAGGCUUUGGGAUUUGUGACAUUGCUAUGGAACCAUCCGUUUCUGACAGGCAUGCUAAUCCUCAUUUUCACUCCGCCCUUUUUCCCCCUCGUGGUAUAUUUCUCCCCGCUUCUCAUGUCCACCGCGCUCUGCGUGGUGGCGCUUGUGAGUGUGGGCUCCCAAAUGGAGAAGAUUAAGGCGGAGGGCGGGCCUGGGCAGUUCGAGAAUCAUCUCAGGCGAGAUCAAGGAAUCAGCACAUGGAUGCCCAGGGACGGACUAAGAAUUGAAUCCUUGGGUCACCACUACGGUCAUCGCGACAAUCGUCACCGUAACCAUUAUGCGAACAUCAACGUUGUUCCUGUAACGCCGUCAUGGACUGAAGGAAGUGUUGGUGGAGCCACGACGACACGUGUGUCAGUGCCAUUACGUCCAGAACCAGUGGAGAACAAUCCACCGACGCCAGCGGCUGUGGAAAGCGACGAAGAUUGGUUGGAUAAGUGGGUCAUGGAGUAUGAGUCAAGACCAGGAUGGGGAGAGCAAGAGGACCAGACCUUACCUACACCAGUAAUUCAGACGUCGACAAGAUCACUGGCACCAGCUACAUCAGUAAUCCCUACGUCCAUUUCCGGAAGAGAUGAAAGCAAUGAAUACGUGUCAUCGGUGUCUCCCGUUAAACGAACUAGAUCAGAAAUCCAUGAAGAAAAAUGUCCUAUAGCUUCUGUUCCAGCUCCUGCUGUGGCUCGCGAUGCAGGGGCUGCUUCAGCUCUAGUGGCACACAGGGAGAAUUUAACACGUUCCUUCCCACCAAUGCCACCAACGCCUACAUCUGGAAAUCAGGAAGAGGUAGUGGUGGUUUUGAAGGAGUCCGUUCUGCAGCCUUACAUUUCUUUUGCACCAAUCUGCACGGGCAGAGAAAAGCAAGUGAACAGAAUUUGCCAGCCCACACAAGAGAUGCAUACAGUUCCGACGAACAGUGUGGUUGUGGAGCGCGUGUCAGAUGUUCAAGCUUUGCAGUCUAUCGACAAGCUGCUGUACGCGGAAAUGGGUGGAUCCACACCUCCCAUUUCACUCCCAAGAAAUGCUGGGAGCUCUGCGGACGUGAAGAGCUCUAGAUUGGAGAAUUCGAGCGGCACAAAGCCGCAAGUUAUUCUUUAUGAGGAAGCAAUGAGUCCUCAGUUGAAUGCGAAGGCAAGUGUCUCAGCUAGCAAAGGACACGCAGUGGAGGCCUCAGAGAAGAAUAGAAACAAGAUAGCCAUUGGUGCUUCACCUGACAUUGCUGGAGAAACUCCGCUCCUUCGCCACCUGAAGACAUCGCGGACGGAGAAACAGAGCAGGACAUCUAGUGGCUACUCUCCUCUUGUGCUUCGUACUUCAAGAGGCCUUAUGUCAGAGAAGGUAUUGCCUCCUCCCCAAUUUUCUCCUCGCCUCUUGCAAAGCUUGCAACCUUUGCCCCCAAAAGGAUUCUCACCCCGCCUGCCGAAUUCAAGUAUGGUUCCCCUUAGUAACCCGGUGGAGAAGAUUCCUCAAUGGGUGUACGAUGGGAUUCCGAAGGAAACAACCGAAACCCAGGUGAAGCAAGCAGAAACCGCGAAGGAAAAGCAUGUCACGGCCUCCGAACAGGCAGUGAAGGUACUAUCCUACCCGAGGAGGAGGACGCAUGCUCGUCGACCAUCGCCAAUUCAAGUAAAUUACGAUGAUUUACAACCUCGGUCAUUCAAUGUGAGCACAGCCAACAAAUCGAAUAUUAAUCUAGCCAAGUCCGUGGCCCCCGAUACAAUUCUGAAGGAGACAACAUCCGAACAGGCACCUGAGGUUAGUCCUCACAUGCCGGUUGCAAGGGCAGACUUAGCCUGUGGAGCCGCGACGAUCAGAAAGCCAGUCGACGCCGACCCGCCCCCCAACCGCAUUUUGGAGAAUUUUGCAACAGAGCGUAUGCAUGGGAAUGAUGUUCCCCAUGGAAGUACAAAAGUAGCUUCGAUCGAAAAGGCCGCAUUGCCAAUCUCCACAACUCCUGCAGCAUUUUCACCACGCACAACCCCACUAGCAGUAGCAGCUUCUUCUGAUGUAGAUGGUGCAGCAGUAUCACCCCGACAAGCUUCGGUAGCAGCGUCUCCUCGGACAUGUUCACCUACUGCGUCAUCUUCUCGUGAAACCACGAUGGCAGCGUCACCUCGACAAGCCUCAAUUGCAGCAUCUCCUACACCAGCUUCGGUAGCGUCAUCACCUCGAAGACCUUCAGUGCCAUCCUCACCUUCGAUUCCAUAUUCUAGAAGACGCAGACAUGGCUUCAUGUACGCUUCUGACAAACUUGCGUUAACAAGUCCAAGCCUCCUGGACGAAGUAUCAUACUACUAUGAUGCUCCUCCAGCAGCAGCAGCUGAUAAGGAGGAGAAAGUUGUAGCUGAAUUGGCAGCUGAAUCGUCUGAGGAGUACGUUCCCAUCGAGAAAGAGGUGAGCUCUCUACCAAAGGUAGAGGUCAACGAUUUGCCAGACUUGAAAAUUGAAGAAUACUCCAUCUCUGCUCCAUAUCCUGUGGAUGGAGCGCUUCACUGGGGCAGGAGUCUCAGCGCACGAAGGUCGUCACCAUCAAGGAAAUCCAGGAGGCGACUCGAACCAAGGAGAGUUGUGAUGAGCCAAGAUACUGACAGAUUCUCUUUGAAAAAGAGCUUGUCAUUGAAAAUUUUAGACUCCACAUCUGAUGACGAGCGCGAGUCUGUCACCCCUAGAGCUUCACGGCGGUUGGGCAGGACCAUCAAGCCACUUGUGUGGCGUUCACGCUCCAUGACGAACCGAGAGGAUAGUGAUUGA